GGCAGAUAAAAAUCAUUUUAUUUAGCGUACCUCAUUAAAGUUUUUUCUACUAAUCGUUAAAUAACAGAAAUUAUACCAAUGAAACUAGAAAAAUAGGUUUAUAGAAAAAGUCUUCUAAGAACACAAAAAAUGAAUACAUUCACCGGCUUUAGUGAAGAAGAUUUGAGGCGACUGAAAACAUCCGAAGCAGAGCUAAAUAAUGUUUCACUAGACAACUCUCAAAAUGUAAGGAAGAUUGAUAAACUAGGGUUCAAGCGUAAGAAAACUAAACCAUCAUCAUUGUCAUUGGAUGCUGAUGAAACUUUUGACUCCACAUUUGAUAAGUGCAAACUAAGUUUGAAAACACCUACACCAAUAAAAGAACUAAGUCCUAAGGAAAAUAUGGUUUCUCUUGGAGAAAAUGAGAAUUCUCUUAAAGAAAAAGAUGAUUAUCAUAAAGAAAAUAAAAUUCUCCCUAAAGAAAACAAAGAAGAUACACUUGCUGAGAAUAAAGAAGAUAGUAGAAGAAGCAGCACAAAUGUAACUCCUGAUGUUAUUAGAUGUGUAGAUAAUUACACAGAAGAUGAGUUGGAGACACAUAAAGCCAAGCUGGAGGACUUACAGUUGAGGCAGAAGUUAAUGGAGGAACAAAACAAGAAGAGAAAAGAAAUGCUAGCCAAGGCAUUGGCUGAUAGGACAAAACAAACAGAGGAGGAGGUUAUGAAAUUAGAAAAAAUAAAAAAGGAAUUAGAAGUUCUAGAUGGCCAGUUGUCUAAAGAUGUUGCGAUGUUAAGGAAAAAGAUUGAUGCAGCCUGUAUUCAAUAUUCUGAAGCUGAAAAACAAUACCUCAAAGUAGAGAAGGAGUUUUUACAAGCAAAAAUAAAUCUUCAAAAGGAGAAAGAAAAAAAAGAAUUGCUGAUAGAACAUUUAUGUACAUUGAUCACACAUAAUGAGACCCGGAAAGCAGAGAAACUAGAAACACUAAUGUUAGAACUUGCCAGUUCCAAAAUCGAUGUUCACAGUAGUAAUACUUCCUUAGAUGAGAGUCCGAUCAUUAUAGAUGGAGUAGAUGAAAAAACAGGAAAAUUUGUGGCAUUGCCAGAUAGUUGACAGAACUAUUUUUAAUAUUGAAAUGACUCUAAGAAAUAUUCCGAACUUGGUUUUUUAAGCAUACUAACCUAAACU